AAAAAAUCUCUCUAUCGAUUCAACAGAGACUCCGUCGCCAACCGGCUGGAUGUGCGGGCAAGGCGGGGCUCAGCUAUGCUGCUGAGUGGCCUUGGAAUAAAAUUGGGGGAAGGCUCAAAGUACCUUGAACUAAAAGAAACCUGCCUCCGUCUCUCUCUCUCUGGUUUACUUUUCUUCCCAACAAAACUCUUGGCAAAACCCUACUUCUUCCAUUAGCUAAAAAUUUCUUAGAGGAAACAAAAAAUACUGAAAAAUGUCACAGCUUCAAUCUCGUCGACUUCUCUUAUUCUUAGUAAACAAAAGUAAUCGAUUUCAUUCAACAGUUUCAGGAAAUCCACCAAAGGCUCCCAUAGUUUCUUCUGCAUCUCUUCUCAAUAAUGCUAGUAAUAGUAAAUCUACCCCUAUUCCUCCUCCUAUCCCUGUUCCUAACAUGGGUUUUGAAGACGACGAUCAUGAUCCGUGGAGAUUUUUGAAGUUUGGGCUUUUUGCAUCUCUUGCUGGAGCUGCUAUUACUGCUGGUUAUGCCACAUAUGCUUACUCCUUGGAAGAAGUGGAUGAGAAAACAAAGGCAUUACGACAAGCUACAAAUUAUGCUGUAGAAAAUGAUGCACCUGGUCUUGAGAAAUUUAAGGCUCUGGCUUACAGAACUGCAAUGACGGUCCCUGCUAAAUCCACUGAGCUGUACCUGGAUCUCAGAAAGACAUUGGAAGAACAUGUCCGGGGUUUUACAGAACCAACAUCUGAAAAGCUUCUCCCAGAUAUGCAUCCUCUGGAGGCCCCACAUGUUUUUACUCUUGUGCUGGAUCUGAAUGAGACAUUGGUACACUCUGAUUGGAAGCGUGAAAGAGGAUGGAGAACCUUCAAAAGACCAGGAGUUGAAGCCUUUUUGGAACAUCUUGCCCAAUUUUAUGAAAUUGUUGUUUAUUCUGAUCAGCUACAGAUGUAUGUCGAUCCGAUAAUUGAAAGGCUUGAUGCAAAGGGAUGUAUACGAUUUAGGCUAUCAAGGUCUGCAACCAGAUAUCAGGAUGGGAAGCAUUAUAGGGACUUGUCAAAGCUGAAUAGAGAUCCUAAAAGGAUCAUAUAUGUAAGUGGUCAUGCAUUAGAAUCUACACUGCAGCCAGAGAAUGCUCUUCCAGUUAAGGCUUGGAAGGUCGACCCAGAAGAUACAACUCUUUUGGAUCUUAUUCCAUUUCUAGAGUUUGUUGCUCGCCAGAGACCUGCUGAUAUUAGACCAGUGCUUGAAUCUUAUAAAGGCCAGGAUAUUCCAACUGAGUUCAUCAAACGUUCAAAGGAGCUUCAGAAGCUUAAAUCACAGAAGCAGCAGCAGCCUGGCCGUCUCUGGCGAUGAUCAUUGUGCCUUAAAGAUUAGAUUUACGGGAAUGACUAGUUUGAUUGAUCGUUUGUGAAGAGAUAAGAAAGAAAUAUAACCUAUAUCAGUUUCAUGGGAUUCUGUUGGAAGAAUUUUUUCCUUACCUGGAGCUUACCAUUUUAUUGCAUACAAGCCCCUAACCCGGUGCUUAUAACUUGUGUGAAGAAAUAUUAGAUUUUUUGUUAUCAUCAGUAACACUGAACAUUCUAUAAAGCUAGAGGCUAAUCAACUAAAUCAAUGAACAAAGAAACUAAACUCUCCUUGA